AUGUUGAAUCAACGCCAUGUCGAGCCUUAUUCGGGUAACUUGGACCCGUUACCACUCGAUGUCCGCAAUGGGAUGAUAGCAAUGGGGGUCAUAGGAGCGAUUUCGACAGUAUCGACAUUCGUGCUCCUGGUCUUCAUCACAUAUAGAAUGGUUUUCUGGAAAAAGUACUAUUUACGCCCAAUUGCCACAAAUCAGAUAUUUGUCUUGAUUUACAAUCUCCUGCUGGCCGACCUCCAACAAGCUGUGAGCUUUCUAAUCGCCUUUCACUGGAUUGCUCAGAACAAACUCGUUGGACCCUCACCUAUCUGUUUUGCUCAAGGCUGGCUUAUUCAAAUUGGCGAUCUCAGUUCGGGAUUAUGGGUUUUGGCGAUCGCUAUCCACACUUUUAUCAAUUUGGUGCUUCAGAAGACGAUCCCUUUUACCAUGUUUGUCGUGGCUGUGAUUUUAGUUUGGUUGUUUUGUGUUAUUUUGACUAUAGUUGGUCCCAUCACUCAUCAUAAAAACUUUUUCGUACCUGCUGGAGCUUGGGUAAGCUACUUGCCUAAUGGUUAUAAUGGCUUCUUGCUGAUAUUUGUAGUGUUGGAUUGGAGAAAACCACGAGAGAGAUCGACUUUCACUUCAUUAUCUCUGGAUAUUUGUAUCUCAACUUGGUUCCCUCGUCAUUUACAUAUCAAUAUUUUUCUCACUCCGAACGAGGCUUGCACAAACUUCUAGGUCCCAACCACGUGUCUCAGAAAACUCGUCAGGACUUCAAAGCCAGAGCUUCCACAAGUCCAACGCAACAGGCACAACUACAAUUGUCACCGGUCAAUCCCAAUCGGAACACUUCGCAGUAUCAAAGCAAAGAAUAUUGCGAACGGCUCGUUACAUGGUAGUUUACCCUUUCGCUUAUGUUGUUCUGACUUUGCCACUCGCGGCUGGACGAGUUGCUUCUAUGACUGGACGAAGGCCUUCAAUUGUGUAUCUUUGCGUGGCAGGAACGAUGAUGGCAUCGAGCGGGAUUGUCGAUGUUGUUCUAUACAUAUACACACGAAAGGCUUUGGUACGAAGUAAUGUUGGAAUGAAGAAUCCAACAAUAUCAACUAGAAACACACCAUUGUCGCCAUAUCCUCGAGGGAACGCCCUUUCGAAUAAUGAAACAUGGAACGACGAGUGGAACUCAGCAGAAGAAGGCAGAAAUUCACAACCCAAUUCAACGGACACGAAGUCUACAACGCAUAGGGAGAACAUGGGAGAAGGUCAGAUCGUGGUAUCACGGAGCGUUACCAGAGUUGAGGAUGAUUACAAUUCCAAGCCUGGAAAGGCGGAAUCAUUAAGGAGUUUGGUUGAUAGAGACGACGAUGAAGCCCCGCGGAAGAAAAGCUGGCCAGUAUUAUGUAAUAAAUAG